AUGGAGGAUGGAACAGAGCAGACGAAUUCCGCAGUUGGUGAUUGGCAUUCGAUUCAAGGUGAUCUUGUUAUUGUUUUUGCAAUUGUUCCUUUUGUUAGUGAAGGCAUUGUGGAUGGUUCAGUGAGUUCAGAUCAAGUAGAUGUAGAUGUUGAUGGAUCUUCAUCAAUUCCAGUUGAUCAAGAUUUGGUUGGUUUGGUAGUAAGUAAUGCUAAUGAGGCUUUUGAGGUGUAUAACAGUUAUGCAUAUAGACUUGGUUUUAGUGUGAGGAAGGGUCAUCAACGAUACAAGGGAUCUUCGAACACAAUUCAAAUGAAGAAAUUUUGUUGUUCUAAGGCUGGUUACAAGGCUAACAGUGGGGUUAAGGCUUAUUCCAAAAUUGACACAAUGACAGGGUGUGGAGCGUUUGUUCAAUUUGACGUGGGUGAUGAUGGGUUGUGGACAGUUACAAAACACGAGAAAGUGCACAAUCACGAGUUAUGUGUGUUCAACAAGAGUCAUCUACUUCGUUCACAUAGGAGUGUCGGAGAUAAUCAGCUCUUAUAUUUACAAGGUUUGAAGGACAGUGGUGUUGCAUUGGCAGAUGGUAUUAGGAGGAGGCAGUCUACCGAGACUGAUUUUUUCUUUGAUUUUGAACUUGAUUUGGAUGCAAGGUUGUGCAGUUUUUUUUGGAGGGAUGGUCAAAUGAGACGAGAUUACGAGGUGUUUGGGGACUUAUGCGGGUUUUUGAUGAACGAGAGGAUAGAAUCGUUUGUGUGGUUGUUUAAAGCGUUUUCAAGAUCAAUGGGUGGCAAGUCUCCACAGACUAUUAUGACAGAUCAAUGUGCAGCUAUGACUGCUGCUAUAUCUAAAGUGUUUCCAACAUCACGUCAUCGUCUUUGCAUAUGGCAUAUCGAGACCGAAGCUGAAUUUCAAAUCUAUUGGACAAGGUUGGUGACUGAUUAUAAAUGUCACAAGAAUACUUGGUUAGAAAAGCUAUAUGACUGUAGGGAGAAGUGGUGUCCAGCAUUUAACAAGGACUAUUUUUCUGGGGGCAUUCUAUCAUCACAAAGGAGUGAAACUACAAAUCAUUCAAUUUCUAGAAGGUUGUCCAAGACAGCGGGUCUUUGUGAUUUCUAUUCAUCGUUUGUAAGCGUAAUUUCUGAAUGGAGAAGUAAAGAGAACGGUGAAGACUUUCGGUGUGCUCAAGGGGUACCCGCUAUGAUGAUGGAGCAUGUGAAACUUCUUUCACAUGCUAGAGAUGUAUACACGAUUGAGAUAUAUUUUCUGUUUGAGGAACAAUUCAUGAAAGGCAGUGCGUGUCAUCAAGAGAUGGUGUUGAAUGAUGGCCGUCAACAGAAGUAUCACGUGUGGCGGCCAGAUAUAGAUAUUAUAAGACAUGAGGUUAGUUUUAACGCAGCCAACUUGGACAUUUAUUGUAGUUGCAAGUUGAUGUCUGAGUUGGGAAUUCUAUGUUGUCAUUGUAUACGCAUUCUUCACGUACAUUGUGUUUCUAGUAUUCCCGACAAAUAUAUACUUAAAAGAUGGACUAAAAAGGUUAUUGAUGGUAGGAAUGUCAACAUUGAUUCUAUGGUUUAUAAUGUUGGUGUUCCUCCAUCAAUUUGGGUGUUCGAUAUUAGUAGAAAAUUUCAAAGAUUAGUUGUGUCUAGUCAAGAUAGCAGCGUAGCUAGGAAACUGUGUGACGAGGCUGUUGAUGAUGUAAAGAAAAAGGUUGAAGCCGAGGUUGGGCAUGUGCAUAUUGAAGAGUGUGGUGUUUCAUCUUCAAGUGGUGGUGUUCAAAAUCCUUCAAGCCGGAGAUUGAAAGGUGAGCGUAACAAAAGGAGGAGUGGUGUUAUUGAAAAGAAGUACAGUCUUGCAAGGGGGAGAAGGAGUGCUGCAAAUAAAGCUGCAUUGAGUACAAAGGGUGCUGUUCAGUCUUUGGUGUUGGAAAACAUAUCCAAGCUUGCUGGGGAUGGAUACCUUGUACAUCCAAGUUCUUCAAGUUUAGAUUUUGUUCAGUUUAGUAAGGGUUUAGAUGACAAUGUAGGUGUAGAUUGA